AGUGAUGCACCGGAGGAUUAUGUGACCCUGCGCCUGUCAUUCCAAAAUCACAAAUUUGUUGAAUCAGAAGAAUAUCACAGUGAAAUCUCCACCAUGACUCUUUUUCAUUUUGGAAACUGUUUUUCUUUGGCAUAUUUCCCAUAUUUCAUUACAUACAAAUGCAGUGGAUUAUCUGAAUAUAAUGCAUUUUGGAGAUGUGUCCAAGCAGGUGCUACAUACCUCUUUGUGCAGCUGUGCAAGAUGCUGUUUCUUGCCACAUUUUUCCCCACCUGGGAGGGAGGAGCCGGUGUUUAUGAUUUUGUCGGGGAGUUCAUGAAGGCCACAGUAGACAUGGCUGAUCUUCUAGGUCUUCAUCUGGUCAUGUCCAGGAAUGCUGGGAAGGGUGAAUAUAAGAUCAUGGUGGCAGCGAUGGGCUGGGCCACAGCUGAGCUCAUCAUGUCCAGAUGUAUACCAUUAUGGGUCGGAGCUCGCGGCAUUGAGUUUGACUGGAAAUACAUCCAAAUGAGCUUCGAUUCCAACAUCAGUCUGGUACAUUAUAUUGCGAUGGCAGCAGUAGUGUGGAUGUUCACUCGAUAUGACCUUCCCAAAAGUUUCCGCCUCCCUGUUGCCAUCCUGCUGGGACUGUGCGUUUACAAGGGCUUUCUCAUGGAGCUGUUUGUUCAUGUGUUUCUGUUGGGCAGCUGGACGGCUCUCCUCGUGAAGGCUGUGCUCACCGGUGCCAUCUCUCUCUGUUCUCUUUUCCUGUUCGUCACACUCGUCCACAGCAACUAAAGGCUGCCAACACACUACAGUUCAAGUAUUUACAGAGCAAAACCCACAUUCCUAGAGUGAAUACUGUCGACUGUAUCUGCCAUACCAAAAGGAGGCUGUGAGAUUAUUACUGUUACUAGCGAACUUGGACAGGAAUGCACGGGGCAGUUUUGGGAGAAAAUCCUAGUGGUGUAACAGAGAUACUCUGAGAAAGAUCUUUUUUUAAUGACAAACUAAUUUAUAAAUGUAGACCAGAUGGGAAUAAUUCUUUGGCUUUUUUUGUAUGGUAGUGUUUAGUUAUCAUGAAUUAAUAACUAAAUAAACGGACACCAUAUUGAUAAA